UUUUCAAAAUAAAAUUUCUUAUCUUUAUUUUUCCGGGUAAAUUACGAGGGUUUCAACUUCAAUACGUUGUAUCUCAAUUUUAACAUCAGUGCGUUCUUACCGGCACAGACUCAGUAGCCGUUCAUGAAUUCCUCUCCAGCGAAGUCUCCGCAUUUAAACGGCGCUCCGCCGUCGUUGUCAGUCCUCCUUGAUGAACUCAUUUCAGAAAUUCUUUCGCGGCUUCCUGUCAAAACUCUCAUGCAAAUGAAAUGUGUUUGUAAGUCAUUGAAAACCCUAAUCUCCGAUCCUGCUUUCGCCAAAUUGCACCUUCAGCGAUCGCCAAAAAAUACCCAUUUCUUACUGACACCAGAAUGGUCUAUGCCUGACGAGGAUUCGGAUUGCAGUGUCUUACCCUUUACCGUAACUGAUUUGAUAGAGAGUCCAUUGCUCAUCAUUGACAACUAUCGAUUGAGGCGUAUCACUAAUUCCUAUGAUCCUCAGUCUCACUACCGAUUGAGGAAUAUGGAUUGCUGGAAGAUAGUUGGUUCAUGUAAUGGAUUGCUCUGCUUGCUCGGUGGUUUUUGGGCUACCAAGAAUAAAAUAUUCUGGCUCCGUUUUUGGAACCCAGCCACGAGGACAUUAUCUGAAAAAUUAGGUUAUCUAACUGACUUUUGGAGAUUGGCAUUUGGUUAUGAUGUUUCAGCCAACUCGUAUAAGGUGGUGGCAUUCUCUCCAAACAAGGUGAAAGUUUUUAGUUUGAGUGACAAUGUUUGGAAAAACAUUGAGUGUUUUCCAACGGUUCCAUUUGGCCUUCAUCCUAGUAGUCCCGGCCGUUACCCAUUUGUGAAUAGUGGUGUUUAUGUAAGUAGUACUAUUAACUGGUUGGCUAUUCGAAAUAAGACUGAAUAUGAUUGGAAUGAUAUUACCAUCGACCAAUUUGUGAUUGUCUCGCUCAAUCUUGGCACGGAGACUUACCAGGAGUUGUUGCCACCUCGGGGUUUUGUUGAAGUACCACCUGUCGAGCCAUCUGUAAAUGUGUUGAUGGACUGUCUUUGUUUUUCUCACCGUGCCAAGGGAACUCAUUUUGUUAUAUGGAAGAUGAUGGAAUUUGGAGUUCGAGAGUCUUGGACUCUAUUCCUCAGCAUUAGUUUUCAAAGUCUUCGAAUUUAUCAUGGCAUUGAUGAUUGGCUGGCAUAUGGUUCUCAAUUGUUUCUAUUUCCUUUGUAUUUUUCUGACAGUAGCGACACACUGAUUAUUGCAACCAAUCAAGAAGGUGAUGGUUUUUACAACCAACCGGCAAUUCUCUAUAAUUGGAGAUAUAAUAUAGUAGAGGAAAUUACUUCAAAGCACACCGAGAUAUUGUGGUUUUAUACCAAGGAUUAUGUUGAAAGCUUGGUUUCGACCUGUCCAAAGACCACACCAUCAACUUCAAGCACAUAUGGCAUUAUUGAUGGUUGAUGGCUUGGUAGGAAGAAAGGAAAAAAGUAUUAUUGGAGCUCUAUAUUUUCUUUAGUUUUAGUGCUCAUUUGGUAUAAGAUGUUUCUGGCUCUAUUGGUUCCUCUUUAGGACUACUUUGUAAACGUCGUAGAAUUUACUGCAAAAUAUGUUGUUUUACAAUUGUACUCCUAUUUGUGUAAGAGAGCCACUGGGAAGAAUUAUUGUUGCAUAAACAUCCAACUUCUUUACGAUGAUAUCAACCUUGGUUUUGGCAAACACAAAUAUUAUUAUGUACAUGUGAUCCUCCCAGGCCCAGCGUUGAGACACAUUUAGUUUUUGUUGCAGAAGAAUGAACUCUAAAACUUGUCUGAGCGCAAUUGCAGUUAUCUUCGGAUUGCAUAAUAAUCUGUCUAAAAGUACAUUCUUAAAAUAUUUUUCUCAUCAUUUAAAAUGACACUGUUUGGUAUCAUAUUGGUGAUGGUAAUGUUGUUUAUAAUGACGAGUGUGUGAGUUGGCUCAACUUGAGGGAACCUAACUCGGUGGUUUAUAUAUUCUUUGGGAAUUUGUAUAGUCUCGUUAGGGAGCAUUAUUUGGAGAUAGAGAGUUGGAUUGCGGUGUAUGGUUCAUUUGGAUGAUGCUUGAGGAUGACGAUGGGUUCUGUGUGGUUGUAUAGGGUUUCAAUUUCAAGAGAGGGAUGUGUUUCACACAGGUUGAUCUCGAAGCACCCUGCAGUUGGAGAAUUCUUAAUUCAAUGGUUAAAAUUAAGUUGCGGAGGGGAUAGGCGCUGGAGUGACCAUUAUCUAAUCUUCGAGAGAUUUUGUCCACUUCAUUGGCUUAAAACACAA